AUGGAUCAUAAUUGGAUGAACUAUCCUAGAAGUUCGGAGGACUUUAAAGUUGCGUUGAAUUCCCUUGAUGAGUCUUUUGCCAAGGACGCCAUUGGAGAUCAAAUAUUUUGCCUCUGUAAAACGUGUUCGAGGCGUUUUCGCCAUUCUAGAGAUGACGUGUAUGAUCAUUUGAUUAUUAAUGGGUUUGUGAAGGGAUUCAAGGAGUGGGUCUUGCAAAGGGAGGGAUAUUCUUUUACAAGUAAUGAUAGGCAAAAUGUCCAUGAAGUAAAUAAUCAAAGUACACAUGAUGAUAUUGAUGGCUUACUACAUGAUACUUUUAUAGAUGUCAGUGAAGGUCUAAAUAGAGAUCAUGAGGUUGAAAGUGAGCCAAUUGAGGAGGCUAGAAAGUUUUUUCAUUUAGUGGAAGAAGGAAAGAAAGAGCUAUAUCCAGGCUGUAAAACCUUCUCGAAAUUAUCUUUCAUAAUUCGUUUGUUUCUCUUUAAGUGCCUUAAUGGCUUAAGCAAUGUAGCCUUUGGAGAUCUUUUAGAGCUAUUAAGAGAGGCAUUUCCAAUGGCUGAACUUCCUAAAUCAUUUAAUGAAUCUAGGAAUAUAGUGAAGAAUUUAGGUCUUGAUUAUAUAAAUAUUCAUGCUUGUCCCAAUGAUUGUAUUCUUUAUAGAAAGGAAUUUGAAGGAGCUAAUGUUUGUCCUAAGUGUGCUGAACAAAUGGUUUGGCAUGAUAAAGGCCGAAUGAAAGAUGACAAAAUUAGACAUCCAACAGAUGCCCAAUCUUGGAAGGACUUUGAUUCAUCAUAUCCUGCCUUUAAAAAUGAAGCACGAAAUGUACGUUUAGCUCUUGCUAGUGAUGGAUUUAAUCCAUUUCGAACUAUGAGUGUUGCUCACAGCACAUGGUCUGUUGUGUUAAUUAAUUACAACCUUCCACCCUGGGUUUCCAUGAAACCGGAAUAUUUUAUGUUGUCUUUGUUAAUUCCUGGCCCUAAGUCCCCUGGGAAUGAUAUAGAUGUUUUUUUGCAACCACUAAUUGACGAAUUAAAGGAAUUAUGGGAAUUUGGGGUUGAGACUUAUGAUGCAUCUAAAAAACAAUCAUUUAAAUUGCAUGCUGCAUUAAUGGGGACAAUAAAUGAUUUCCCGGCUUAUUCCAUGUUGUCUUGA